AUGCUUGCCCCGGCGACUUUACAUCCAUUGAACUUAGGGCACCAUGUUCAUUACUCCUGCGGUCAGUCUUUCACUGUGACUACGUCUGGGAGCCAGGUUGCUUUGCAGCUAGUUGGUCGAGUUUUGAGGAUUCAUCUAUUAUAUCAAUUCAUAGAAGUUACUAAGGGGAACCCUCCACUCUCAACCUCGUCCAAAUGGUCGGCUACUGCUUCUGGUGCCCUGCCAGCUUUAAUCACUGGGUUUGUAUCUAUUAGACUACUGUCCGGUGUCAUCAUGCUUUUGCUCAAUGAUAUUUUCAUCGCUGAUCUCUCUAUCUUUACCACUGUACCUGUGAAUGAGACCUACUGA